AUACAAAUGAGCCCCAAAUGACCGACAUCGACAGUAUCAAGCACCCUCCAGUUUGCCCCGGUUCCCCAUCUUCUGGCACGACUGUUCGCAGAAUGGACGCGUCUGGUCUCUCCCGCGUCUCCCGCGACGACCUCUUUCUCCAAGUGAAACGUUCCAGCAGGACUCUCCGCCGUCGCUCAAGUCAUCUCUCGCGCUGGCUCCAAGAACAACAAAGUCAUGUUUCGCCAAAGUCGUCGCAGGCAGAUCUCGACUUUGACAUCUCAGAUGACGUCCAAGGCGUCGGUACCGAAUGUAACCCAUACCUGGCUUAUCCUCAUCUGAGUGGCGCUGCGCUGCGCAACAGCUUCGACGACGCUGGUAGCAUGCACAGCUACGUUAUCUUGGAUGAAAGCCACGAUUAUCCCCCAGUGGAGUCUGGCGAAUCUCAG